CAGCUCAUCGGUUUGUCUCUGAACCGAGUGAUCUGCAGCGCAAAUCCAGACCGGAUCAUAGCCGGUUGCAGCGCAAACCGACGAGUCUUGUCACAUCUCAAUCUCGAGGAUAACAAUGAAUUCACCCCUAAGCUCUCUCUACCGGACGUAAAUACAUUUGUCAAACUGAUUGCUUUCCUGUUGAUUCUUCUGGCUACGAUGAUGGCUUGUUUCUUGCGGAAGAAGCGGCGCGUGAAAGCUAGGCUCUCAUGGAGGUCGAAGAACAGAGACCCAUCUCCUUCUGGUAACUGGGCACCAGAGGACGACGACGACGAAGGCAAAAUCAUCUUCUUUGGAGGAAGUAACUAUACCUUUGAUUUGGAUGAUUUGUUGGCUGCAUCUGCUGAAAUGUUGGGGAAAGGUGCUUCUGGUUCAACCUACAAAGUAGCCGUGGAGGACACGGCCACGGUAGUAGUGAAGAGACUGGAGGAUGUGGUUGUGGGAAGAAGAGAGUUUGAGCAAACAAUGGAGAUCGUUGGUAGAAUCCGACAUGAUAAUGUAGCUGAGCUAAAAGCUUACUACUAUUCCAAGAACGAUAAGCUCGCUGUUUACAGCUAUUACAGUCAAGGCAACCUCUUCGAUAUGCUACACGGAACUAAAGGAGAAAACAGAGUACCUUUAGAUUGGGAUUCUCGGUUAAGAGUAGUCAUUGGUGCGGCAAGAGGGUUAGCUACUAUCCACGAAGCAGACGACGGGAGGUUUGUCCACGGGAACAUCAAGUCCUCCAACAUCUUCAUUGACUCGCGAUGCAAUGGCUGCGUCUGCGAUCUCGGCUUGUCGCGCAUCACGAGGUCUCUCCCUCAGGGAACCAUUCGUUCUUCCGGUUACCAUGCUCCUGAGACAACAGACACAAGGAAGUGCACACAGUUCUCUGAUGUAUACAGCUUCGGGGUGGUGUUGCUCGAGCUUCUAACGGGGAAAUCUCCAGCGAGUCCGCCAUCAAAGCAAGACGAGGACAUGGACUUGGCGUGCUGGAUAAGAUCGGUGGUGUCGAAAGAGUGGACCGGAGAAGUAUUCGACGUCGAGCUUAUGAGGCAAGUGGGUAUAGAGGAAGAGUUGGUUGAGAUGUUGCAGAUAGGUUUGGCUUGUGUUGCCUUGAAACCUCAAGAUCGACCUCAUAUAGCACAUGUUUUGAAAAUGAUACAAGGCGUUCGAAUACUUGAUGCAGAGGGAGAAACAAACACUCUUGCUACA